CGGUCUCCUCCCCCUGCUCUGACGCGGGGCCCGUGGCUCCCGGGGAGGAUGGACCCAGCUCGGCGCUCGCCCGGGCUUCCCCGGGCUGCAGAGCGCGCCUGAGUGCCGCCGCCCGCCGGGCAUGGGGAGCCGCUUCCUGAGCGGCUGCGGCAGCGGAGGAGGAUGCUCUGGGCGAGGCGAGCACUCAAAAAGAGUGAGUGAAAUGUGCAGCUCAGAGUGUCGUUUCUGAAGGGAGGAGUCUUUCUCUUGGAGAAGAGUCCUCAAUGAGCCUGGCCGAGGCCCGGGAUCUGUGUGAAGUGGACUAAGGAUUAAGUAGGAUGUCAACUGAGACAGAACUUCAAGUAGCUGUGAAAACCAGCGCCAAGAAAGACUCCAGAAAGAAAGUGUUUGGUUGCCGGGGCCCUCAAUGGUUGUGGCUGUGUUCCAUGGUUUCCUGAGGACUGGCUGGAACUGUGUUUCUACGUGCCUCCCAUGGAACCAGGAUGUCUGCAUGGCACACAACCGUCAGGAGCACUCAGGUCAGGAUCGCAGUGAAGCCACUUUGAUAAAGAGGUUUAAAGGUGAAGGGGUCCGGUACAAAGCCAAAUUGAUCGGGAUUGAUGAAGUUUCCGCAGCUCGGGGAGACAAGUUAUGUCAAGAUUCCAUGAUGAAACUCAAGGGUGUUGUUGCUGGCGCUCGUUCCAAAGGAGAACACAAACAGAAAAUCUUUUUAACCAUCUCCUUUGGAGGAAUCAAAAUAUUUGAUGAGAAGACAGGGGCCCUUCAGCAUCAUCAUGCUGUUCAUGAAAUAUCCUACAUUGCCAAGGACAUUACAGAUCACCGGGCCUUUGGAUAUGUUUGUGGGAAGGAAGGGAAUCAUAGAUUUGUGGCCAUAAAAACAGCCCAGGCGGCUGAACCUGUUAUUCUGGACUUGAGAGAUCUCUUUCAACUCAUUUACGAAUUGAAGCAAAGAGAAGAAUUAGAAAAAAAGGCACAAAAGGAUAAGCAGUGUGAACAAGCUGUGUACCAGACAAUCUUGGAAGAGGAUGUUGAAGAUCCUGUGUACCAGUACAUUGUGUUUGAGGCUGGACAUGAGCCAAUCCGUGAUCCCGAAACGGAAGAAAACAUUUAUCAGGUUCCCACCAGCCAAAAGAAGGAAGGUGUUUAUGAUGUGCCAAAAAGUCAACCUGUAAGUAACGGCUGUUCAUUUGAGGAUUUUGAAGAACGGUUUGCUGCAGCCACCCCAAACAGAAACCUGCCCAUGGACUUUGAUGAGAUUUUUGAGGCAACAAAGGCUGUGACCCAAUUAGAACUUUUUGGGGACAUGUCCACACCCCCUGAUAUAACCUCUCCCCCCACUCCUGCAACUCCAGGUGAUGCCUUUACCCCAUCUUCAUCUCAGACCCUUCCAGCGAGUGCAGAUGUGUUUGGUUCUGUACCUUUCGGCACUGCUGCUGUACCCUCAGGUUAUGUUGCAAUGGGCGCUGUCCUCCCGUCCUUCUGGGGCCAGCAGCCCCUCGUCCAACAGCAGAUGGUCAUGGGUGCCCAGCCACCAGUUGCUCAGGUGAUGCCGGGGACUCAGCCCAUCGCAUGGGGCCAGCCAGGUCUCUUUCCUGCCACUCAGCAACCCUGGCCAACUGUGGCCGGGCAGUUUCCGCCAGCCGCCUUCAUGCCGACACAAACUGUUAUGCCUUUGCCAGCUGCCAUGUUCCAAGGUCCCCUCACCCCCCUCGCCACCGUCCCAGGCACGAGUGACUCCACCAGGUCAAGUCCACAGACCGACAAGCCCAGGCAGAAAAUGGGAAAAGAAACAUUUAAGGAUUUCCAGAUGGCCCAGCCUCCGCCCGUGCCCUCCCGCAAACCCGACCAGCCCUCCCUCACCUGUACCUCAGAGGCCUUCUCCAGUUACUUCAACAAAGUCGGGGUGGCACAGGAUACAGACGACUGUGAUGACUUUGACAUCUCCCAGUUGAAUUUGACCCCUGUGACUUCUACCACACCAUCGACCAACUCACCUCCAACCCCAGCCCCUAGACAGAGCUCUCCAUCCAAAUCAUCUGCAUCCCAUGCCAGUGAUCCUACCACAGAUGACAUCUUCGAAGAGGGCUUCGAAAGUCCCAGCAAAAGCGAAGAGCAAGAAGCUGAGCCAGAGCCUCUCUACGCGCAGAUCAACAGACCUAAGAAAUAACACUGAUGCGAGCUCGUGGCGGGUGCUCAAGACUGGCAUGGACAUCAGCAUCACUACAGGCUCUCUCGUAUUCUUUCACCUCAUCCCACAAGAAAUUCAUGACUGCCCAGUGGAACUCGCUCAGAAGAGGGAGCUAAGCAUUUUUGGCAACCAAUGGCAGAUAUCUAUGGCAGCACACACAAAAAAAAGUAUGAAAAGAUCCACCCAACAUUAAAUCACAAAUCAAGCAAAUGCUUACCCAACAAAUAUUUGAGCUCUCGCAGCUGGGUUUAAGAUGACCCAGUGUGCAAAAUCAUUAAUUCUCUUUUUAUUUCUCUACCUGUUGACCACUGUAGAGAUACCAAAUUUGGAGUGACAGGCAUCAGAGGAUUACAACAGGGUUGGAACUGACUGCUUUAAGCAAAAGCGAGGGUCUUCUGUGAUCACAAUAUCAUCAUCCAUAUGUCUUUUCACAUAGGAUGAUGUGUUUUUGUCACUCCUUGGGGCCUGGUCUGCCAUUUUCUCCCCUUUCCUUUCUUUGUCAUGUUUGAAAAUUAAUGUGUACAAAUUUUUGUAUUGCUUUUGACUUUUUUUUAGAAAUGGGUGAAGAAAUCUUACUGGGGAGAAAAAGACACCUCAAUGAAAUGAAUUAACUUGAAAUUACAAGACAAAUAAGUGGUUGAUUAUUCAUUAUGAUCAAGAAUGUUGCCAAAACAACCCUUUAGCUAUUCUGCAUCCUGGUGAAGAAAGACAGCUUUCAGUUUGAACCUUCAUUCUGUGAGUAGGAAAAGACAUCAGAUCCCAUUGAUGAGAAAGAUGAAAAACGCAUCUGAUUUCCUAAGAAGCUCUAAACUCUAAGUACAAUAAAAUAUUUUUUAUUUUUCCGAUAUCUUGCUGCUGUGAUGCUAUGCAGACAAGUGUCUUCUCCACGUGCCAUUUUCAAAGAAAAGUCAUUUGCCAAAUAAUUCUGGUACAAUUCUGGUAAUGUGGUUUUGGAUCUUAAAAACCAACUUUCUAAUGGAACAAUGGUGGCAUAAAUAUUCAGAAUAACAAACUGAUUCUGUGGUCCAAAUGGUUCAUCUCUAUCUCUUUUUGUACAUCAGAAAAUUCAAAUGGGAUUUUUAUUUUAUAACUUGAAAAAAAAAAAAACCUUACCAUUAAACUCUUUAAAUAUUUAAGGGAAAUGGCUUUAAGGAGUUCUAAUGAAAAAAAAAUUGUCAUUUUUUUUUGUAAAUAUAAAUGUUAAUGAAAAUGCUUUUUAAUAAUGCCAUUACACUGUAGAGAAGGUAGCAGAUUGAGUGCAAGGUGUGACAAACUUGAUGGAUGGGGCUCACUUACCAGAUGUUAUCCUGGAGCAUAUGGUAGGAAGCUGGAGUGCAGGGACAGCUGGCAGGAGCAGUUGGCCAAUCAGCAGCUAGUGAACGGGAAGGGAGCGCGUGACUCUGUCAUCUAGUGUUUCCACAAGAGUCCCCGCCCUAUGAGCAACACAAGAAAAAGACAAUUCACAUUCUGAAGAAUUCAGAUUCUGAAACACUCCCACCUCCCCACUCCCACUUACCCCCGUAUAAAUCACUGGACUGUUUGUACGUGAAACAGAAGAGGCUAAGCUUCCUUUUUUUACACUUAUGAGACAAAAAGUGCAGUGUUUGGUUCGUAUGUUUAGCACAUGAUUUUCAUAAAGAAUCUAUAUAUUUUUGCCCUACAGAGAAUUGUUAUACAGGUCAAAUGUGUUUUCCUGAUGUUCCUAUGCAGUUACAGUAUGUUGAAUCUAGUGUUUUAACACUAAGAAGAAAACUCCUAAGAUUCAUGUGAUUAAUUGGAUUUGGGGAUAAUUAUUAUUACUUGGUUUUGAGAUUUGAAAAGUAGAAUUUCCAUUGAUAUGAUUAAUUUGAAUAGGCCUGUAUUUGGUUCUUCGUAUCAAUAGAAACUAAAAUGAUCUGGAAGAUUGAUUUGAAAAUGAUUGUAUAAUUGUUCACAAAGAGAAAAGUGAUACAUCAAGGUAAUGGUUCUCAUUUAAAGCCCACAUUUUACACUAUCAGAUCACAGGAGUCUACUUUUUUUUUCAGUUAGAUAAACUGACCAAAUGUCUGUUCAAGAAUAUAUGUAAAUGUCAUCCUAAUGUGGAAGGUUCGAAGAACCAGAAAAGUCAGAAGGGCUGUUUACCUCCCUCUGUAGCUAUCGCCUGUUGGUCCGCAGAGUUUCUCAAGGAAUGAGCAAACAUUCUAUGAUUAGGUAACCCUUUCACAUGAAGGGGAAGAUGGGAAAGGUUUGAUGACCAUAAGAGUUGGCUUGAGACCAGUUCAAUUGUGUCUUCUGGGGAUCUGAUAAGAAAGGCAGUUCCCAUGGAAAAUUGCUUAAAUUUCUUUGUUGUCCAUGAUUUGAUUCUAAACAAGUGGUGCUAUCUUCUCCCUCAAUAUGGCUGUCUUGAGUUUGUCUUGCAGUAUCACACUAUUAUACCAGUUCUUUGGGUUGCUUCUGACACAUUCAAAGUGAACUCUGGCUGAUGUUGCUGUUUCAGGUACACCACCUGGAGUUACUUUCCUAGUAGAAGGUGAAAGUCCGGGGGACUUAUCCUCCUUCACUGAACAUGAUUGAAACUCUAACUGGCAGUGAACUUAAAGAAGAUGCCCAAGUGAUACAUUAAAGUGAGGGAAAUAAAGUCAAGAUUUUUAAACUGCCAUUCGUGUUCUCAUUGGCAGAAUUCUGAUUGUUUUUCCAAGCACUGUUUGGUGAGCCCGGAACCAGCGUAUCCUGUCCCAGGAAUACAGUGAAAUCUCCAAGCAAGAGCUGAGGUGCCAAUACUGAAAGACCAUGGGGAGUCUGCACAGUUCUGGUUAGAUCAAUAAGAAAGUCCACAUGUGUACAACUGUUAAUUCCUCAUCCUCCACUAGCACUAAAUUUGUCACUUUAAAUUUUGAAACCAGGGAAACGCCACCUGUCAUUGUCCCCAUUCUCCAUGGCUCUUCAAUCUUUACAUGCCACAAGACUUUUUUGAUAGCUUGUACUCAUCCCAGUGUCUCCUGAAACCCCAUUAUGUAAUGUACCGGGCACCUUCUUUUAAACAAAUGUUUACUCUGUGGGUUUGGUUCAUUUCAAUUUCUGCGUUCUGACACAUAUUUUUUUAAUAAAGACGAGAAAGAGAAAAUGACUGUUGCAGUACAUUUCUAGACCUACUUUAACUUUACCUCAGAUGACAGUUUGUUAACAUAUAUGGACACAUUAUUUUUAACUUUAUGUACAAUGCAUUCAACAGAACAGCAAAAUUUUUAGAAAUUUUCCAUUAAUUUCUGUAACACACCAUGUAAAACUGUUACAAAUAAACAUGUUUGAGAACAACA